ACUCACCCUUUCUACAUACAUGAUCACCUGCUUCUCCGAUACGUAGAAAUACUCUUUCUUCAUUCUUAUCUCCCAAACCUUUUGCAGUCUGAACUGAAAUCAAAAUUUUCACAGUGAACCAUCAUCUUCGGGUCUCCUUGACUUGGAAUUCCCCCUCAAAAUCCUACACUUCCUUCCCCUCUUUAAGUCAACUUAUCUUUGUUGCAGACAGAUCUUGGAAACUAUUCGGUUGUAAGGACUGAACUUGGGGGUUUUCGAGGAACGGGACUUAUUUUCUCCAGCUCAUAUGAUUUGCGCCCCAAUUUUUGAUGGCAUUUAGCGUCGGGAAAUCUUACCCAACCAAUGAUCGUAUAUUAUUUCCGUUUUGCCUUUUUUUAUUAUAGCUGUGACUCAUGAAACUAUGUAACUUAUAGGAGUAGGGAACCCAGGCAGUUUUGAACUCUUUUUGGACUGAGCUUUGGGUGAAAGGACUGUGGUCUCUCAGGUUUAGGGUUUGCCUGUGGUUUGUCAUGGCUAUUUAGGGUUCAUCAACUUCCAUUUGCUCAAUUAUGGCCGAACGUGAUUAUUGCUUUGUGGAAUGGAAAGAAAAGUUUGUUUCAAAAGAGAGGGGCAAUCGUGUGGUUCAUUAUUUCUUGAAGGACAGUUCUGGGGAUUCUGUGCUUGCUAUUGUCGGCACUGAGAGAAGUGUCCGGCACAUGUUCUAUGUUGUUUCAGAAGAGUUCUUGAAAGUACAUGGUGCUGAUACUUCAAUUCAAGCUGGCUUCAGAUGGAGAUCCAGGAGAGAGGUUGUCAACUGGCUACAUCUAUGCUAUCCAAGCAGAAUAGGCAGAGUUAUUACUGCUCAAAAUUGCUAAAAGAUUAUCCAGCAUCCAGAGUCAAUUUUGAACGAAGUCAGGUGACAGAUGAUAAGGGACGUCUAGCCAGGAUUUUGAAUGGACCAUCUCCGGAUAUAGUUUGGUCAGGUGAACCAUGGACAUGUGGUAAACAGCUAAAGCAUUACCCAGGAUUUCGCAGGAAUGGGAUUGCAAUCACAGUUAGUGGACGUCUAGCCAGGAUUUUGAAUGGACCAUCUCCGGAUAUAGUUUGGUCAGGUGAACCAUGGACAUGUGGUAAACAGCUAAAGCAUUACCCAGGAUUUCGCAGGAAUGGGAUUGCAAUCACAGUUAGUACACAUUCAUUUGUCUUUGUGAUGGCUGAAAAGGAGAAUCACUACCUCGCAUAUCUGGAGGAUAUGUAUGAGGAUAGGAAAGGCCAGAAAAAGGUUAAAGUCAGAUGGUUCCACUUUAAUCAGGAAGUCAGAGGCAUUGUCACCUUGCGGAAUCUGAAUCCCAGAGAAGUAUUUAUGACACCUUGUGCUCAAAUCAUCAGUGCAGAGUGUGUUGAUGGCCCUGUGAUUGUACUGACUAGAGCACAUUAUCAUAAAUGUGCAGCAGUUUUUCCAAGCGACUUGCUAUCAAGAGUACACUUUUGCUUUAGGCAGUUUAAGAACAAGAGAGUGAAGCCUUUUGAGCUGGAUAAAUUGCGUGGCUAUUUUAAUCAACCAAUUUUCUCAUGUUCCAGUCCUCAUUUUUUUGAAGAUGAAGAGUUUACUAUGAGAGAUGAAAUUAAAGUUGGAUCUAAAAGGCACAUAAUUUAUGAAGAGCAUGAGAUGGAGGCAUUGGAAAAAUCAUACCCAACGUUAAAAAGUAGCUUCUUCGGCGGUAGAGGAUUGAACUCCCACAAGCAAGUUGAAUGCCAGCUUUGGCAUAUGCUGAACUUUAAGGUUGAUGAAAAGAUUGAAUUUUUAUGCCAAGAUAGCGGAAUGCGAGGCUGCUGGUUCCGAUGCACGGUCCUGGAGAUAUCCAGAAGACAAUUAAAAAUCCGAUAUGACGACUUAAAGGAUGAAGAUGGUCGUGGUAGCCUUGAGGAGUGGGUCCCGGCAUCUAGAGUUGCCAGGCCGGAUAGACUUGGAAUACGAAAUCGAUUCCGUCCAACAGUUAGACUGGCUCGACCUUGUGAAAAAGAAGGCGACCAUAUCUUUGAGUCUGGUGUUUCAGUUGAUGCUUGGUGGAGUGAUGGAUGGUGGGAAGGUGUUGUUACUGACACCAGUAACUAUGUGGUUGAAGGCUAUCAAGUUUAUAUUCCCAGUGAAGAUCUAUUCCUCAGUGUAGACAGCAAGAACAUAAGAAUUUCAAAGGACCUGGCUUCUGUUUUCUUCUUGAAGACAGAAGCCAGGUGGAGAAAGUAAUUGUACUUAUAACUCAAGCUUAUGUGCAUCAUAUAAUCAGGUUUGUUUGGACAACAUUCCUUGAAAAAAUUUCUAAUGUCUUC